CAAUAUUAUUUUUAACCAGCAAGAAGUACCCGGGAAAGCUGCAAUAUCUAUAAGUCAACUCUACCCAUCACCCAACCACGAUCCCUACUAAGUUUGAAACAUCAAAACAAGAUGCACAAAAUACCCCAAAAGUAGACAAAUGAAGCUAAUCGACACAAUCUUGUUCAUCUAUUUCCUCAUAAUCUCAUUUGCAAUUCCACUUCUGGACGCUCAGGUCUGUCUUCCAUCCAGUAUCUUCCCGGACAUCCUCGUACGCUUCAAAAACUGGUUCGCCAACAUACUGGGAAAUUACUUGAUAUCUGAAAAACCCCAUUUCUACGUUGGUAUUGCCUGGCUCGAGCUUCUUUUCGCGUGGCCCAUCUCGAUAGCUUCGAUUUAUGGCAUUGUGGAUGGAAAAUCUUGGGUGCCCACCACCUGUUUGAUGUAUGGCGUCUAUUUUUUUACUGCACUGCAGGUUGCAAUUUUAGCAGAACUUAUGGGAUCUGGAAGAGCAUCAAAAAGGCUACUGACUUUUUACUACAUCUUCAUGGGUUUUGCGGUUUUAGCCAUCGCACGAGGUCUGCUACCAACUUCUCAAAGGUCAAAUGCAUUUGGCAUACCAUCCACACAAGUCAUGAAAAAGAGAGCUUGAGCGGUUUACCAAAAUGAGCAACAAUGUGUCACGUCUUGCUAAUUAGCCAAAGGUGCGUGCUCAUGAGCGCAUGCUAAAGUUUCAACUGGUUCCCUGACAAUAUCCAUGCUAGGAAAUUAAAUGCUUUUUCAUAUGUUCUUACCUACGCUAGAGUUUCAUUGCAAGCAAGGUCCACUGCUUUUAAAUCACUGAAUUUGUGAUAUGAACCAAUGCCGUAUAAAAGUAAUUAGAUGUGUAAAUUUAAUCUUUUAGUUAUGAAGGAUCCUUAAAAUGGUUUUGUAUCAUUUGAUCUAUAGAGUGGGGCUAAAAUUAACGGUAUGAUUUAGUUAAACAUAUUGUAACAGAUGUGGAAUCUUUAAUGUUAGUCUUAUGUUAUGGAGUUGUGCUUUAUUUA